AUGCCUUGGAUAAUAGUCAGAUAUUCCUCAUACACGAGACAGACAAUAGUCAGAUUACCCAUACACAUCCUGUACUUUGCCUUUGCGCAAGUCGGAUGCUACCCAGACACUCUCCCUUCAGCUCCUGACCGUGCGUUCAUCGGCCGGCCGCGCCCGGCUCCGCCUCUUCAUCCACGCGACCGCGCGCCCGUGGCUGGCGCUACUCACGCUGCUGUUGCGCUCGCCGCCGCAUGCAGUUCCCCUGCUGCCGCUGCGGUGCCCAUGCUUCUGCUGCCUGCUGCUGCGACCACUGCUGCUGGCCAGCAGCGCGGCUUCCCGAUGGAGCAUGGCCCCGCGCUCACACUCGACCUCCUCCUCGCGCGCCCGGCAGCGGCCGGCUGCCUCGCGCCUCCGGCCGCAUCCGCGCUCCGGCCGCCUCGCCUCCCCUCCCGCACGCCCGCUGGGUCCGCUGCCGGCCUCCCGCGCCCGACGGCUUCGCCCGCUGCUGGUUUGCCCGCGUCGCCGCGGCUGCAUCCGGGAGGGCCGGCCCCGUUUGCUGCUCCUGUAGGCGCGUCCGGCUCGCGAUGUUUUCUCCGGCUACUCGGCCGCCCGCGCCGUCUGCGUCGGCUUCUAGGCCGCAUGCCCGCACGCCUGCCCGGCUGCUCGCGCCCGUCAGCCGCCCUCGGCCUCCUCCUGCUCGCCGUCCCCGCCUCCCGGUCGGCUCCGUCGCGCUCUGCGCCUCCACACGCCCGGCCCGGGUCAGCUUCGGGUCUCCAGCGCCGGCUGCCGGCUUCGCCCUGUUCCGCGCGUGCGGCCCGCGCUGCCCGGUGGCCGGCUCCCCGCGCAUCCUGGCCGACUCCUGCGCGUCCGGCCCCCCAGCGUCGCCUCCGCCUGGCCGUGUCGUCCGCACUCGCCCGGCUUCGGCCCCGCGCGCUCGCCUCUCCCGCGCCGGGUCCGGCCUUCGCCCUGCCGGCUGCUGGCCUCCCGCGCCGGGUCCGGCCCCCACGCUCGCAGGCGGCCGGCUUCCGCCUGCUCCCCGGCCUGCCGGCUUCCGCCCGCUCCCCGGCCUGCCGGCUGCUCCACCUGCACCCGCCCUACCGGCGUGAGAAACGACAAGGGCCGGCUGGAAGGAAAGAAAAGAUUUUGCUAGAGAACAAAGCAAAGGGCCGAGUGCUUGAAAAAAAAAACUAG